UGUUUGUUCUAAUAUGUUGUUUUUUGGAACCCAUUUUAUAUUUUCCUCUUCUUGUUUGAUGAAUUGUUUCUUUCUCUUCAGAAUGUUUGUGUCCUUAGAUAUUCGAUUAGUUUCUUGGACCAUAGAAUCCUGGAUUCUAAUUAGCUGAUGCAGUAUACAAAGCCUUGAAAAUGGAUAAAGAAUGCUUAGGGCUUGCAUUAGAGAAUAGCUACUUUGUUAAUUAAUUAGAUCCCUUUGCGAUUACACUCAAUUAAUAUUUCUGGGUGCAUGCCACUGCUUUCAUAUUUGUGGAUGCGGGCUGCAGAGAGUAGGCUUUGAGCGAGAGCAGAGAAGAGUAAAGACCGAAGAGAAGGGGACACGGAAAUUUUUAUUUCUCUGGUUAUGCGGUGUCGUUUUGAUAGAACUAAAUUUGGGUUAGCUAAGUUAUGGGGUCCACAUUUAUACUUUUUUAUUCUGAUAUCUAAAAACACCCUUUAAAACCCUAGACAAAACACCUUCUUUUAUUCGAAUUGAAUCCUCCGCUCUCUGUUUUCCAUCUCUGUUUCAAAUGAGAAGAUAUCAACUUCCAUGUGGGUUUUAUCUACCAGGUUACUCUCUAAUUUCAAUACAAAACUACUCAGUAUUAAGCACAACUCCGUUGCAGUCUUUCACUUCAAACGCAAAUUCCUGUCAACGCUUGCCCACUUGACCGCCGCCACCACCACCACUAACGAUGGCGUCACUGAACCAAAAUGGCAGCAACAACAGCUACUACAAUUAGAUGCUUUUCAGGUUGCUGAUAUCUUAUAUAGCCUUAAAAAACUACCUCAUCAAGCGUUCUCUUUCUUUUGCCAAUUGAAAGACUUAGGCUUUAAACAUGAUGUCUCUACUUAUGCUGCCAUUAUUAGAAUUCUUUGUGAUGGAGGUCUUCAAAAGAACCUCCAUUUAAUUUUCCUGGAUCUUAUUUUGUUUUCUAGCAAUGACAGUGACAGUUCUUUUGAUAUUUCAUGCUUGCUUGAUACGCUUUGCAAUAGCGGUGCUGAUGAUGCUAAGCAACACUCUUUGUUUCUAUUUAAAGUAUAUGAUGCGGUGGUUAAGUCAUAUGUUAGUGCUGGUAUGUUUGAUGAGGCUACUGAUGCAUUGUUUCAGACGGGAAGGCGUGGAUUCGUGCCUAGAAUAUUUACCUGUAAUUUCCUUAUGAAUAGACUGAUUGAGAAUAGGAAAUUCGAUAUGGCACUUGCCAUUUUUCAACAGUUGAAGAGGUUGGGUUUGAGCCCUAAUGAUUAUACCUAUGCUAUUGUAAUAAGGGCUCUUUGUAUGAAGGGUAGUUUGGAAGAGGCUAUGUAUGUACUUAAGGAUAUGGAGCAGCAUGGUGCGACUUCCAAUGCUUUAGCUUAUACGGCUUAUAUAGAAGGACUUUGUGUGAAUCAGAAAUCCGAAUUGGGCUAUCAGGUGCUUAAAGCAUGGAAAGCAGCUAACGUCCCUAUAGAUGAGUAUGCUUAUACUGUUGCAAUUCGUGGGUUUUGCAAUGAGAUGAAAUUGGACAAAGCUGAAAGUGUCUUGCUUGAAAUGGAAAAAGAAGGUGUGGUUCCUGAUAUGCAUUCCUACAGUGAACUGAUUCGUGGGUUUUGUAAAGAUAGGAAUUUGCUAAAAGCAUAUGCUAUCCUCGAUGACAUGAUAUCUAAGAAUAUCAAAAUAAAUUGUGAGGUUAUUGGAUCAAUUCUUCACUCCUUGUCUGAAAUGGGCAUGCAUCUUGAAGUGGUGGAUCAAUUUAAUCAAUUUAAGGACUUAGGCAUAUUUAUAGAUGAGGUUUCGUACAACAUUGUAGUUGAUGCUUUGUGCAAACUUGGGAAACUAGAAAAAGCUGUAGCAUUGCUAGAUGAAAUGAAGGGCCAGCAAAUGGAUAUGGAUAUUAUGCAUUAUACAACUCUAAUUAACGGUUAUUGUUGCCAAGGAAAUUUGGAUGAUGCUUUUAGGGUAUUUGAAGAAAUGAGAGAAAUGGGUAUUGAGCCAGAUAUUGUCACUUACACUGUACUUGCUAGUGGAUUUUGUAGACAAGGCCAUGCAAUUCAGGCAUUUUACCUUUUGGAUUUUAUGGAGACACAGAAUCUGAAACCUAAUGCUGUUAUGCACAAUGUUAUAGUUGAAAGUUUGUGUAUUGGAGGCAAAGUGAAAGAAGCUGAAGAAUUUUUCAAUAGCAUAGAGGAUAAAAAUUUAGAUACUUAUGCUGCUAUGAUAAAUGGAUUCUGUAAGGCUAACCAUACUACUGAGGCUUUUGAACUUUUCUUUAAACUUUCAAGACAGGGAAAUUUAGUUAAGAGAAGUUGCUGCUAUAAUCUUCUAAAAAACCUGUGUGAGGAAGGGGAUAAUGUCAAAAUCCUUAUGUUGCUAGAAACAAUGUUGGCUCUCAAACAGGAACCCAGCAAUGUCAUGUUUGGUAAAAUAAUUGCUGCUUUAUGUCAGGCUGGAGAUGUGAGAAAGGCACAAUCAGUUUAUGACAUUUUAUCCAGGAGAGGGUUGAUCCCUGAUAUCAUUACCUACACAAUAAUGAUAAAUAGUUACUGCAGGAUGAAUUGCUUACAGGAAGCCCAUGAUCUUUUCCGUGAUAUGAGAAAAAGAGGAAUUAAACCUGAUUUAGUUACUUUCACAGUUUUGCUUGAUGCUCACCAAAAAGCACAUAUAAGGAUGGUAGGUUCCUCAGAAAGUCAAAAGGAAGGCAAUGAAAAUGCAUUUGAUGCUUCAAUUGUUUUGACACAAAUGAAGAAUAUGGGGAUCAAGCUGGAUACUGUUUGUUAUACAGUUUUGAUUGAUGGACGUUGCAAGGCAAAUAACCUUGAGGAUGCCAUAUGCCUAUUUGAUCAAAUGAUAGAUGAAGGACUACAACCUGAUACAGUAACAUACACGGCUCUUCUAUCUGGUUGUUUUAGUAGGGGAGAUGUGGAUAGGGCUGACAACUUGCUUAAUCAAAUGUCUGAGAAAGGGAUUUUUCCUGAUGCUUGUACGAUGUCUAUUUUAGAGCGUGGUAUUUUAAAAGCCAGGAAGGUGCAGUUUCAGAAGGACUUUAAAUAAUGGUGGCUGGUAUAGAACCUAAAACUUGUGAAUUACCAAAACAGAUAUCAGAAGUACAGGUUGCAUCCAUCGUGCGUGCAUUUGGCAGUCUGCAAAUAUUUUGAUGGAGAUUAAACGCCAUUGUUUUCUUCUGUAGAUACUUGUGGGGUAACUAAGUCCAUUAAAUCCAGGGUUGCUGUGCGUAUUGGUUGAAACAGCCUCUUUACUUUCCUGGUGCAAGUUAUGGUCUCCAAGAUAACCACAAAGAUGCUUUUGUAUCUUCAUUCUUGAUGAUCAAUGAUCACUCAAUUAAUGGAGUGAAGAAGACAUUUGAGGAAUAUUGAUAAUGCUAAUAUCACAUCUUCAAUGCUAUGCUUCCAAGGGAUCUCUCAAGGAGCGCCCUUAAUAUGGAUCUCCAUUUGUCAAUUGGAAUUUGACUACACUUCUUUGAAUCUUGAAAACAGUAACUGUCCUGCUCUUCGUGUUAAAUGAAUUACGAGUCCUUUGAGAAAUGACAGGCUACUUCAAAUAACAUGGAAAAAACAUCGUAAAUGAAAUGGAAGCUAAUGGAAUGUGUUGUUUAAAGUAAUAAAUUGAAGAAUCAACAUCCAGUUGUUGCAGUUUGUUUUAAGAAGCAGAUUUUCAGAAACUGUAAACCAGUAAAUGGGGCAAAGUUGCUUUUUGUUGUUUCUCUCUAUUGGGAAAUUGUCAGGUAGCAGUUUUCAGUUCUGAACGGUGAUAUUCAAUUUCCUUGAUUGAGAUGCCGAAAACCUAGUUUAUAGAUUAUAUGUGAAAUGUAAAAUAUUAUUUAUAAUUAUAUGAUAUUUAAAUAUUUUGAUUA